AGAUGCUGCCUCCUCCUCAUCAUCAUCGUCAGCUCACUCUCACUCACCAUUAACACAUGUCAAAGCAAAAAUUAUGCUCUUCACCCCAUAACCCCUUUUGAUAAUUCUAUCCAGCUACGGAGUAUGCCUUAACCUCCAAGUUCGCUCUCUGUCUGUCUCUCUACUGGUUCUUGUCAGAGGGUAAGAAACAAAUCGGGGUUGAUUCGGUUGAUUUUCCUGCAUUUUCUUGGAAAGUUGGUACCCAUUUGAGGAAAAGCUGGAAUGGAAACUGGGUCGAACUCAGAAACCCCAGAGAAGGUUGGUACUGAAAAGGGUCAGAAACUUGGUUCUGUUCUUUCCAGGAUCGAACCAUUUGUACCAAAAAAAGAUCACAAUCCGAGAGAGUUGAAAUCUUGGGCCAAGAGGACUGGUUUUGUCUCUAAUUUCUCUGGAGAGACUGGUACUAGCGUGAGCCAGAGGGGCCAGAAUGAGAAUAGUGAGAGUAUUGAGCUUGAUUUGGAGAGAGGCCUUGAGAGAAACGGGUCGUCCUCGCCAAAGAUUGAAAUCGAUCCGGUUCUUGGGCGGACUAGAAAUAGAGGGACAGAAAUCGAACCUAUUUUGAGGUCUGGGCAGGGGUUGCCCAAGAAUGGAAUUGAUUAUGUGGGGUUGAGGGAUGGAACAAAUAGAGUUGAGAAUCAAGGGAGGAGAAUUGGUGAUAGCCCAGAUUUGGGGGCCAGAGAUGAUGAGAGGAAGGUUAAUUUGAAUGGGAAUGAGGUUGUAAAUGGUAGUGGGCAUGAAGUUCUGGCCACUACUCCGGUCACCGGGGCAAAGAAAGAUGAUCCAGAAGUGGGAAUUGACGCGUUUCCGGAUGGUGAAGGACCGGGUCAUGGAGGGCAGCCUCCAUUCACAACAAUGAAAUGUGGGCUGAGAGAAAAUCCGGGUUUCGUACCACUUAUGUAUUACGGUGUGCAGCACUAUUUAUCAUUGGCUGGUUCACUUAUUUUUAUUCCCUUGGUCAUUGUACCGGCAAUGGGUGGAACUGAUAAGGAUACAGCCACUGUAAUGUCCACAAUGCUUUUGGUGUCUGGCAUUACCACGAUACUGCACUCGUACUUUGGCACCAGGCUUCCAUUGGUUCAAGGGAGCUCAUUUGUGUAUUUGGCACCGGCAUUAGUUAUUAUGAAUUCUCAAGAGUAUCGCAAUUUAACUGAGCAUAAAUUUAGACACAUUAUGAGGGAAUUGCAAGGGGCUAUAAUCGUUGGUUCAAUUUUUCAAUGCAUGUUGGGAUUCAGUGGUCUAAUGCCUGUUUUUCUAAGGUUGAUAAACCCAGUUGUUGUUGCACCCACUGUUGCCGCAGUGGGCUUAGCAUUUUUCAGCUAUGGCUUUCCUCAAGCUGGUAGUUGUGUGGAAAUCAGCCUUCCACAGAUACUAUUGGUUCUUAUUUUCACCUUGUACUUCCGAGGGAUAUCUAUUUUUGGACAACGAGUAUUUCGGAUUUAUGCGGUUCCCCUGAGUGUUGUUAUUAUUUGGGCGUAUGCAUUCUUUUUGACAGCUGGUGGAGCAUACAAUUACAAAGGCUGCAGUCCUGACAUACCCAGUUCCAACAUCUUAAUUGAUGCUUGCAGAAAGCAUGCAUAUACCAUGAAGCAUUGCCGGACCGAUAUUUCCAACGCUUGGAGAGAUGCUGCAUGGAUCAGGGUUCCCUACCCUUUGCAGUGGGGUAUCCCUAUCUUCCAUUUAAGGACCUCAAUCAUCAUGAUCAUUGUAUCAUUGGUUGCAUCAGUGGAUUCGGUUGGAACUUACCACACUGCAUCUCUGCGAAUCAAUUUAAAGCCUCCUACCCCAGGUAUUGUUAGUAGAGGAAUCGGGCUGGAAGGUUUUUGUAGUAUACUGGCCGGACUUUGGGGCUCGGGGACCGGGUCAACAACCUUGACCGAAAAUCUGCACACCAUUAAGAUAACAAAGGUAGCAAGUCAACGGGCGGUGCAACUUGGAGCAGUUUUGUUGAUCCUAUCCUCAUUCAUAGGGAAAGUGGGUGCCAUCCUUGCUUCUAUACCACAAGCCUUGGGUGCUGCCAUACUGUGCUUCGUCUGGGCUCUGAUUGUGGCACUGGGUUUCUCAACACUGCAGUAUAGUGAGACAGGGAGUUUUAGAAACAUGACUAUAGUUGGUGUUUCGCUGUUCCUUGGUUUAUCCAUCCCAGCAUAUUUUCAACAGUAUCAACCUGAGACCACCUUGAUUCUGCCUAGUUAUUUUGUUCCUUACUCUGCAGCAUCCAAUGGACCAGUCCACACCGGCAGUAAACAAGUUGAUUUUGCAAUUAAUGCGCUUCUGUCAUUGAAUAUGGUGGUGACACUGUUGGUGGCCCUUGUACUAGACAAUACUGUACCAGGUAGCCGGCAAGAACGAGGGGUCUAUAUUUGGUCAAGUGCUGAAGACAGGACAAGGGAUCCGGCUUCUCUUUCAGAUUAUUCCUUGCCAAGAAGAGUUGCCCGUUUUUUCCAUUGGGCAAAAUGUUUGGAUAUAUGACAUGAUAUAUAUGUAGUAUGCGCAUGAAAUACUGGGAAUUUUGCUCUGUUUGGAGGUCAUUAUCUAGAUCGUGGCGCAGAGAUGCAGUGUAGCUCAGAAGCAGUACAGCUCAAAUAGGUGAUAGAUGCAUAUUCAUUUCAUUAUGUUCUUACACAGAAUUGUGAUAUAUACAUAUACAUAUAUAAUUCAUUCUCUUAUUACA